AAAAGAUAACACCUUUCUUGUGAAAUAAUAAAGGAUCAUGUCGAGAAGUCAGAUUUUGUUGGCUCUCUCACUAUAUAAAUCUCGCAAUCGUCUUUCACUUCCCAUAUCCAAGAAAGAACAAAAAAACAGAAUGCAGACCAAAACACUCUGUUUCGUUCCUCUGUUUCUUGCUCUCUUUUUGUCUUACACCAUUUCUUCAUCAGCUUACAGUUUCAACUUCGAUUACUUCUACAAUGGAACUGAUCUGAUGACAUUCUAUGGGGACGCUGAGUAUGCACCAGAACCCGACGGUAUGAGCAAGUCAGGAGGUAUUGGAUUGAGCCGUGAAAAUAUCCCUUUCUCUCAUGGUCGAGCUAUUUUCAUAAAUCCCAUCCCUUUCAAACCUAGUGCUUCUUCUUCUUACAUCUACUCUUUCAAAACUUCUUUCAAUUUCGACAUUACUUCUCGCAAGCAAAAUCCUAACCCGGGUCAUGGCCUCGCCUUUAUCGUCGUCCCCCACAAUAAAAACGAGACCGUUUCCGGUUUAGGCUACCUAAGUCUUGUGAACCGGUUUAACAACGGUAAUCCCAAUAACCAUCUCUUUGCGGUCGAGUUCGACGUCUUUAAAGAUGCAUCUCUUGGCGACAUUAACGAUAACCAUGUUGGUAUCAACAUUAAUUCGGCUAACUCGACCGUUUCUAAGAAAGCCGGUUAUUGGAUUCAAUCAAGAACCGGAGGUAUAAACCGGUGGGUGUUCAAGGCUUUGAAGCUGAGUGAUAAUGGAUGCAAGGCUUGGAUCGAGUACGAGAACGCGAAAGUGAUAGUCACGAUCGGGCCUUCACAGGAGAAACCGAAGAGGCCAUUGAUCGAAGCGAGGCUCGAUCUUUCGAAGGUUUUUCACGAGAAAAUGUACACGGGUUUUGCUGGUUCAACGGGACGUGACGCCGAGCGUCACGAGAUCUCGGACUGGAGUUUUGAGAACAGUGCCAAAAACUAAAUACAGGGUCGAAGUUAUUAGUGUCGUUGAAUCUCGUGAUCCAUCGAUCUAGCUAGUUUGAUAAUUGAAGCUAAUAAAUGCCUUAGUUAUUAUGGCCUAUCGUGACAUGUAUCUACUUUUCAGAUUACUACUAGAAAGUUUUUACAAUAAAUGACCCCGUUCCUU